CCCCUGCGCGGGCUACCUCGGAGGUAGGGAUGGGUGGGACUUGCACGCCUCAGAUCCGCCUAGCUAAAAUGCAUCUGAAAUGCCUCUGAUUAAAGUGUGGGGUGGAAGAAGAGGGAAGGGAAGGGAGAGCCCCCCCCCCCUUUUGCAUGGCUUUACAUGCAGCAGUACCAUGCUAGAGGUCUCCACCGAGCUGCAGAAACAGGAACUAGCUGCCUAGGAAGGUUCCUCUUUCUUUUGUGCAUCACUCCGAUAUCCCGGUGCAAAAAAAAAAAAAAAACCACCCACCACCCCUGCAGUCUCCAGGCUCCUAGUUAAUCCAUACAAAACCGCCCCUCCGGCCAGUCGGACUGGGAGCAGAGGGAAGGAAAGGGACGCCUGCCACGUCUCAAACCCCCUUCCCUCCCCGCCCCUUCGUCUCCCCCUCACAAGGGCAGAUGGAUGAUGGAGACGGACAGAGAAGGUGAUGCAAGAGCAGGGAGCGCGUUUGGAGCCUGGUACCAGCUGUAGCAGCUCAGUCCACAGGACAGCUGCAUUGUCAGCGGGCAAUACUGGCCAAUCUCAGCCCUGCAGCCUGGCCCCCGGGCCCUACCCGCAUCCGCGAGCAGAGCUUUGAGCCGCUGGAGUGGAUCCCCCCCGCCCGCGUUAGUCCUUAACCACCCCUGCUCUCGCUGCAGCAGUAGCCCCCUUCACGCUCCCAGCCUCUCGUGGGUUUACGGCAGUGGGGUUUUUUUUUGUUUGGUUUUUUAAUGCUGCGUGUCCUUCUGGGCUGCGGGUGCUAAAUGCUGAGCGCUGACAGGAUGGAGGAGUUUCCAAGUGAGGAAGAGGAGCCCUGGUACGACCAGCAGGACCUGGAGCAGGACCUGCACUUGGCAGCCGAACUGGGGAAGACAUUGCUGGAGCGUAAUAAAGAGCUGGAGGAUUCGCUGCAACAGAUGUACGCAACCAAUGAGGAGCAAGUGCAGGAGAUAGAGUACCUGACGAAACAGCUGGAGAUGUUGCGCCAGAUGAACGAACAGCACGCGAAGGUCUAUGAGCAGCUGGACCUCACAGCACGGGACCUGGAGCUGGCUAAUCAGAAGCUUGUGCUGGAGAGCAAGACGUCCCAGCAGAAGAUACAAUGCCUGACGGAGACCAUCGAGGGGCUGCAGAACCAAGUGGAGGAGCUGCAGAAACAGGUGGAGGAGCUGCGGAGCUUAGAGCAGCUGCGCAUACGGCGGGAGAAAAGGGAGCGGCGCCGAACCAUUCAUACCUUCCCCUGCCUCAAGGAGCUGUGCUUGAGCCCCAGGUAUGAAGAUGCGUUCCAGGUCCACAGCUCUUCAAUGGAGCUCAACCAAAACCCUAUGGAGAGGGAGAAUGAGCGUCUCCAGGCCAUGGUGAAUUCCCUUAGGUCCCAAGUCAACCAGGAGAAGCAGCGGAAGGAAAGGGUGGAGCGCGAAUACACUGCCGUCAUCCAGGAGUACUCAGACCUGGAGCAACGGGUGUGCGAGAUGGAGAGCUGCAAACUGCGCAUCAAGGAGUUGGAGGCUGAGCUCCUGGAGCUACAGCAGAUGAAACAAGUCAAGAAGUAUCUUCUUAGCAGAGAGGACAACCUGUCUGAAGCACUUCUGGAGCCAUUAAACAAUGCCCCCGAAGCAGAUUAUAUCGACCUCUCAGAGGAAGACGGGAGUAAAACUCACAGUGCAUCCAUGACAGCAUCCCCAAAUCACCCCGUCCGGAAAAGCUGCAGUGACACUGCCCUCAACGCCAUCGUGGCCAAGGACGCCGUGAGCCGGCACGAAGGCAACUACACACUGCACGCCAACAACGUGCGCAAGCGGGGCAUGUCAAUCCUGAGGGAGGUGGACGAGCAGUACCACGCCCUGCUGGAGAAGUACGAAGAGCUCCUCAGCAAAUGCCGGCAGCACAAGGACAGCGUGCGCCACACCGGAGUCCAGACCUCCCGCCCCAUCUCUCGUGACAGCUCCUUCAGGGACUUCCGGGGAGAGGGUCACGAGCUGGAAGAGCGGAAGACAAUAGAGAAGAGCCUUAGCAAACACGUGGAGGCUGUGGACAAGCGGCUGGAGCAGAGUCAGCCAGAGUACAAGGCCCUUUUCAAGGAGAUCUUCUCACGCAUCCAGAAGACGAAAGCCGACAUCAAUGCCACCAAGGUGAAAAACAAGUCUAGCAAAUGAAUCCCACCGCCAUGAUGUUUCUUUUGCUCCCACAUGCAACCUCAACAACCAGCUCUUCUCUUUUGCUCCAGGAAAUACUGAGCAGCCCUGCUGCCUUGAGGCCUGGAGGCCUCUCACUUUGUUUUCUUGUACAGGAAGGGGGCCUACAUGGCUCAAGGGCAAGAAAGUGCCAUGGAGACUCAAGUCACUUUUGUAAGUUAGUGCUCCAAGUGAACCCAGCUGCCAGGGUUUCUGAACCUGCUGGAAAAGCUGUAUAUUGUAGUUCUAGAUAGUUUCAGAAACUUUACAAUGAAUUCCUGCAUGUAUUGCUACAGCAGCCAGAAAUCACAAACACCGGAAACCAACCAACUACCCGCCCUUUCAGCUUCUCCUCCAGCUACUGUGUUUGAUUAUCUGCAGGCAAAAGCUUGGAUCUCCUGCAGUGUCCUAGAAUGGCAUGGGUGCAGUGUUACAAAAAAGCCAUCAGAACUUCCAGAGACUGAUUCAAAACACUCAGCCCUUCUCUCUCUCUUUGGUUUACUGCAAAGGACCCACAAGUGUACCUGAGACACUUUAGUUUGACCUUUCUGUUCCCCAAAGGGCAGUAUGUUCUUCCUAUUUAAGCCAUUCUCUUAUCAGCCAGGUUUUUCAGAGAUUUACAAUGCAAACUAAUUGCAACUGGAAAAACUUGAAGAGAAAUGUAGAACUGGUUACUGUUAUGUCUUCAUCAGCCUCCCCGGAUGAGUCAGUCUUAGGACUUUAAGCGUAUACGAUAUCCUUCUUUUACACUCCAGGUGAAUCACAGUCAGGUUGAAUUCAUCUUAUGGUUGAAACUGAUGACCAGGGCUUUCCCAGAAGCCAAACAAGAAGUGCUGUUACUGGUUCAGAGAGAUACCCCUCAUCUCUAGGUUUGGGUAUUGGUCCUCUGUGCCUUGCUAUUCAAGAGAUCAUCAUUGCCCCUCCAUAUUGCCAAAUAUGACUUGUCUGGGUUUGCAAAGACAGAUUAGCAGUGACUCACACGUGGAGGGAUAACAACAAAGCACCACAUUCUUAAAGUGUUAAGAGCAGUGAUUACCAACAACAGUAUUUAUCACACUGUCCCCAGACCUUCACCAUUAAUACUCCUGACUGAGCUGACAGACAGAGUUUUCUGCUGACAAUAAUCCAACUUGGCUGAGUUGCCUUUUCCAAAGGUUGUCACCUGCCAUGGAGUUUUAAAUAUUCCAAAUUAAUUUGCCAGCAUCAGAAUCUCUCUACUCUCUUCACACGCCCACUGAGAGAUGCAGACACACACACACACACAAAAGGCCUCCCCAAUCUCAGGAAUCACCAGUAUCCAUUUCUCAGAAACCAAGAGUGGGCCUUGUUUGGUCAGACAUUUGUAUGUGGCAUCUUGCGGGGCUCAUGAAUAUAUGCAGAUAAACAGCAUUUCACUAGAGCUUCAGAUACAGACCCAGAGCGCUCAGCUGCAGGGGAGGAUCCUGACUGUUGGUAUAAGUUACUGAAGUUAUAAAUUACUGAACAGUAUUCAACAUGCACUUAAGGAAACUUUGGGCUGGACUCUGAUUUCAUUUACACCAGCUUAAAUCCCAAAGUCUCUUUUUCUGGAGUUACACUGGUAUAAACGAGAUCAGAAUCUGGCUUUUGGUUAUUUUUUAGCAUAAUUUAUCUCAUUUUCUUUUUUUCCCCCUCCAUUGUCUUAUUCUCCAAAUUCAGGACCUGACCCCGUGAGGAGCCAACCGCCCUCCGCUCCCAUUGAAAUUAGCGAGGAUUGAGCGCUCAGCACUUUGCAGCAUCAGUCCCUCGGUCUUUUUCAAAAAGCUGCCAUCAUGGCAGUUUGCAAAGGUGCGACCUCCAAACCAUCACCACUGCUGCCUCUUAGAUUGGCCUGCCAGAGGGACCCAGUUCUGCAAAUACCCUCCCCCUUCCCACCCAAUGCCAAAAGCUUCUCUCUUGCACCCUUGACAUUUUCAGAUGGCCAGUGGCCCCAAACUCUGAAGUAUUAGGAGCCAUACACAUGAUUGUGGCUACCAGUCUGGUAACCGUAUGGAGAACCUUCAUGCCUUAUUUAUAAUGGAAAGCAGUUGUUAAAAAAAAAAAAAAAAAAAAAAGUAAGCAUCAAGUAGAUUUUCUCAGAGAAUUCACCAUGCUCUUUGUUGCCACUGUCAUGAUACUUGGUGUGUUGAUUAUUAAUGUUCCUUUACCUAAAUCUUUAUACUAGGGGACUUUUGAACCUUUGUCUGUUCUAAAGUCAUCUGUUGCAUCAGUGUGAAGGGGAUCACUAUCACUUUCGGUUUCAAACACUGUAAAGUAUGAACCAGCAUCUCAGUUUAAGUGUACAUCAGAUAAAUAUAUUUAAAAAUGCUUUAUUCUCUUCCUAAAUAAAAAGAAACCCCGGUAUUCUGAAAGCUGAAA